GUAUGUUUCCUGGUGUGUAUUGGUUGAGGGUAAUGUAAACACUCUUGAGCAUGUCGUGUGGUGGGGCUUGAGUACUUAGUGUCGCAGUAAGUGAGGUUCAAGACACACCACAUCAACCAUGCUGACACUAAAAUGGAUAUUCUCUGCUAUGUGUCUUCUGUUGCGGUCUGGUGUCUGUGUGGGGCAUGUUGUCCGUCGGUCUGGCAGAGCAUCAUCCGAUGAGUCUCGCUCUGGGUUUCUUUCCGACCUCCCUUUUAACAGCCUGUCAGUUUCAUGCAAAAACAGGUGCUUUGAACUGGCGGAAGCUGAAGCCCCAAAUUGUCGCUGUGAUAACCUGUGUAAAACCUACAACAAAUGUUGCUCAGACUUUGAUGAGCACUGCCUGAAAACAGAUGGAGGAUUUGAGUGCAGUAAAGACCGCUGUGGGGAGACUCGUAAUGAGCAGCAUGCCUGCCACUGUUCAGAAGACUGCAUGGCCAAAGGAGACUGCUGCACAAACUACAGGUCUCUUUGCAAAGGUGAUGUUCCCUGGCUGCAGGAAGAGUGUGAGGAGAUCAAGAACCACGAGUGUCCUGCUGGGUUUGUUCGGCCACCUGUCAUCAUGUUGUCAGUUGAUGGCUUUCGUGCUUCAUACAUGAAGAGAGGAAAUACAGUGAUCCCCAACAUCGAGAAACUAAGAUCAUGUGGAAUCCAUGCGCCAUACAUGAGACCAGUGUACCCCAGCAAAACCUACCCGAAUUUGUAUACAAUUGCCACAGGGCUUUACCCUGAGUCACAUGGAAUUGUGGGUAACUCCAUGCAUGAUCCUGUUUUUGACGCCAUAUUUAACAUCCGCGGGAAAGAAAAGCUCAACCAUCGAUGGUGGGGAGGACAGCCUAUUUGGAUCACAGCUGUGAAACAGGGAGUGAAGGCUGGCACAUUUUUCUGGCCAAUUGGGAUUCCAUUGGAAAGGAGAGUUCUGACCAUGCUUCAAUGGCUUCACCUUCCAGAUACAGAGAGGCCAUAUGUUUAUGCAAUGCAUUCUGAACAGCUGGACACCUAUGGUCACAAACUAGGACCCCACAGCACUGAGCUUGACAGUGCACUGAGGGAGAUUGAUAAGGUGAUUGGUCAGCUGAUGGACGGCUUGAAACAGAUGAAACUGCACCGUUGUGUCAAUAUCAUUUUGGUUGGAGACCACGGCAUGGAGGAAGCUCACUGUGACCGCACAGAGUUCCUGAGCUCUUACAUGUCCAACACUGAAGAUAUCAUCCUGAUUCCUGGAUCUCUGGGAAGAAUCCGAGCCCGAAAUCCAAACAACUCUAAAUAUGAUGCAAAAGCAGUUGUAGCAAAUCUUACAUGUAAAAAGUCAGACCAACACUUCAAGCCCUACUUAAAGCAGCACCUUCCCAAGCGCCUUCACUAUGCCAACAACCGCAGGAUCGAGGAGAUUCACUUGAUGGUUGAGAGGAAAUGGCACAUAGCACGGAAGUCGUAUGAAACAAAGAGGAAUCAUGGGAAAUGUGGGUUUGCUGGUGAUCACGGAUAUGACAAUAAGAUCAACAGCAUGCAGACCAUUUUCCUUGGAUAUGGACCAGCUUUUAAAUUCAAGACAAAGAUCCCGCCGUUUGAAAAUAUUGAGCUUUACAAUGUCAUGUGUGAUCUUCUUGGCUUGAAGCCAGCCCCUAACAACGGUACCCACGGUAGCCUAAACCAUCUUCUGAGGACUCCUGUAUACAUACCCAGCAUGCCUGAAGAAGUGUCCAAGCCAAACCCUGCAGGACCAGUCACAGCUCUCACUGAUGACCUUGGCUGCACCUGUGAAGACAAGUUGCGUUCAAAAAGUAGGGGGCAGAGGGCAUUGAAAGUGACCCUUGUAAGAGGCUAUAACCUGGAGUCACUGUGGCUCUGUCUGUUACAGAACAAAGUGGAAGAACUCAAUCAACGACUGAGACAAGUUAUUGAUGACAGCAAGAAUCUUCCUUUCGGCCGGCCAGCGGUCAUGUUCCGCACCAAAUACUGCAUCCUCCAUCAUAGCGACUACAUUAGUGGCUACAGUGAAGCUCUGUCCAUGCCUCUUUGGACAUCUUACACUGUAUCUAAGCAGGUGGAUUUCACCCCUUUGCCUGAGGCUCUGAGUAACUGUGUGCGGCCUGAUAUCAGAAUUCCUCCGGCAUACAGUCAGUCCUGUUCAAGCUAUCGUGCUGACAAACAAAUCUCUUAUGGCUUCCUCUAUCCACCUCAGUUCGCCUCCGCUCAGGAUGCAAGAUAUGAGGCUGUUCUCAUUACCAACUCAGCACCGAUGUACCCAGCUUUCAAACGUGUGUGGGGUUAUUUCCAGAAAGCACUGGUCAAACGUUAUGCCAGUGAGAGAAAUGGAGUAAAUGUGGUCAUUGGGCCUAUUUUUGACUAUGACUAUGAUGGUCUUAGAGAUUCAGCAGAGAAAAUGAAACAAUAUGUCACUGGCCCUGUACCAAUCCCAACUCAUUAUUACAUUGUGGUUACAAGUUGUCUGGACAACACACAUACUGUAGACUCAUGUGUUGGUCCUCUGAGUGUCUUCUCAUUCAUCCUUCCUCACCGAUCGGAUAACGACGAAUCCUGUAACAGCUCAGAAGACGAGUCAAAAUGGGUGGAGGAGCUGAUGAAGACACACACAGCAUGUGUACGAGACGUGGAGUUACUUACAGGACUGAACUUUUAUCGCCGUACCAGCAGGACCUACGAGGAGAUCCUCUCCCUAAAGACCUACUUACAUACAUACGAGAGCGAGAUCUAAACCACUGUAUCCCUGCACUAGCAUUCCCCACACCUGUACUCCUGCAUCCUGACAUUGUUAGGUGUAUAUUUUUUAUACAAGCUAUCAUAUUUAUUGUUCUUUCAUUCUGGGAAUCUUUAAGUGUAACUUUUUUUUUUUUUUUUUUACAUUUCCCCCCUUUAUGUCAGUGAAUCAUAAGCAUGAGUGACUUGAUUUUUUUUUACAAUAUUGUAUAAAUGUGUUAACUUUUGAUGUUUAAUGUGCUGAAAGCAACCACAUUUGAGAGGUGAGAGACUGAGAUUUUCUGUAUUGUGAACAGUAAUUAAACCUGUUCUGUUUUUUA